AUUUUUUUUUAGAAAGUUUAUUAUUAAUAAAAAGUAAAAAAUAAACAAAAAACUUCUUUCAUUUUUGUAGCAAAUUUAAGAAUUUUGAAAAUGUUUUCUAAACCUUAAAAAGUAAAAAAGAUACUACCAGAUUUAUAAAAAACAAUUAAUUUUUUUAAUAUCCCACACAACCUUAGAAAGAGGAGCUAAAUGGAAUAGCUGCUAUAAGUUAUAAAAUAGGUUCCUUUUUUCUAAAAAUAUAUUGAAAAUGGCUGGGAAAGUGUGUGCUAAGAAUGCUUAGAAGAGAUGACUUAUGAGUUAAUAGAAGCUGAUUAGGAGAUAUUUGCUUAAGGUACUAUCGGUGAAACUUUUUACGUUAUACUUGAGGGGUAAGUGGGUGUUUAUGUAAACAUAGUAGGCAAUUUAGAAGAAAAUAAAAUAGUUCGUAAUGAUUCAUAACCAGUUUUAGAAGUAGAAUAAAAAGAAAAUAAUGAAAAUUAAGAGGGAGGAGAAUAAUAAUAAAACUAGGAGCCUCCUAAGCUCUAAAAAUUAGUUAAGGUACUAGAAAGUGGUGACAGUUUUGGUGAGCUAUCACUUAUAUAUAACCGUCCGAGACUGGCUACAAUUAGAACUUUAGAAAAAACUCACUUGGCUGUGUUAAAAAAGAAAGAAUUUAGGACCAUUUUGAGGGAAAAAGAAGAAGCCUAACUAGUUAAAGAAAUGUAAUACUUCACCACUCUACCCUUUUUUGAAGGAUAAAAUUUCAAUCUUGUUAGAGACAUUUAUCUCAAUACUUUUAAACUGAAAUGUAUUAAUAAAGAAAUAAUAUUUAACGAAGGAGAUGUAAGUGACUCCGUUUUUAUCAUUAAAUCAGGAGAGUUUGUUUUAUUCAAAUAAUUUUGUCAUGAAGAAAGCGACCAGCAUAAAUUAAAUAAAGAUAUUAUUGCACCAGAAAUGAAUUUGUACUAUAGAAAUGCUAACAAGCAAGAUAAGAAGUUUAAAAAGAUGACACUGACUGUUUUAGGAUAAAAUGAGUUGUUUGGAGAAGAAAAUUUGCUUAUGAGCGAAAAUAGAACUUUUGGAGUUUAGUGUAAGACAGUGACAGGAGAGUUGCUUAUGAUCAAAAAAGAUUAAUUUUUAAAUAAAGUUAUGAGUGAUACAAAUACAAGAAAAUAUAUUUAAGAAAGAUGUUAAAAAAAAUUACAAAACUUACAAAAUAGAAUUUAAAAUAUUGAAGGAUAAUUGCAUGCCUACUCAAGCUAUUUGGUGGGUGAUGAUAGAAAAAUUAAACUGAGAAGAAAUAUGGAAUCUAUGACUAAUUUAGAUAAUUAUUAUAUCUAAAAAUCAAGAGAAAAUAGUUUGGAUGUAGAUGAACCUUCUUAAACAUAAUUCAUAUCAUAAAAAAAGGAAUAAAAUACAAGUAAUAAUGGAAUCAAAAAACAGCUCAUGAAAUCAAAUACAAGAGUAUUCUCUUAGGCUAAUUUGCCAGAUGUUUCCUUAACUUAGAUUCCAUAAUUUUAGAUUUCACACAAAUCAAGCGAAGCUAACUUAGCUCUUACAUAAUAAAACUUAAACAGCUCGUUAAAGUAAAUAGAUAAUCAUUUCUUAAAUUAAUAGAAUUAAAUAGAUGAAAAUGUAGUUUUUGAAAGCUGUGUUUAGCUUAUGAAAUAAGAUUCUAACUGCUCCCCUUUAAAACAUGAGAAGCUUAAUAUAUUGAAAAAAAUUGCACAGGAUAUCGAAACAAAAAAUUUAAAUUAAAAGAAUAUGGCUUACUACAACAAUUCAUAGACUUAGCAGUCUUCAUCAUAGCCUUAAUCAAUGCUUCCUUCUAGUAGAUCUAUGCAAAAUAUAGAUUACCAUUAUGAUCCAUAAAUUGAUCCUUUAAGGGAAUAGCUUCAUGCUAAAAUGAAUAUCCUCCAUUAGCAAUAGAAGCAAAUGAAAAUUUUCAAACUUGAAGAAACCGUCUAUAAUGGACAGAUCUCUCAUGAAGAACUUAGUGAAAAACUUAAAAUUCAGCGCCUUCCUUAAAAGAAAUACAUAGACUAUUUAAAAGAAUCCAAUUAAAACGUAGUAGAGAGCCAAAGUUCUCACAUAAAAAAUGUUAUGUAAAAAAUUUAAAAACGCAAAGAAGAAGAAUAACAAGAUUAAUUUAAACUAGAAAACACUUAAAUAUAAGUGCUGAAUAAAAUACAUUCUGCUUAAUAGCUCCCAAAUGGAUAGACUAAUUAACAAAAAGAAGUUAUUAAGUAAAUGAUUCAAUAAGCUGAAAAAAUAUGGCCAUCAUUUAGCUCCACAAAUCUCUCAUCUAACUAAAUUAGUAGGCUUGAUAGUGCAUAAUUGGAUUCUCCUUUAAAGCUUGAAGGCAACUAGCUUUCCAGUAUUAAUAAAAAGAAAUCUAGUAUGAGGCCACUCUCAUCCCAUGUGACUCUUUAAAACAGUAUAUAGUCUUCUCCUGUUAAAUAAACAAGUGAGAAAAAAAAAAUAAUUGGUAGUAUGAACAACAUACAAUUUAAUUUAGAUUAAGUCGAGACUAAAUAGCCUAUUAUUAACAUUAGACCAUUAACUGGUAGAGUUAAUUUUGCCAAAAGCUUAACACAUUUUAAAGAUUCUGAUAAUGAAUCUUUCGAAAAUUAUUCAGAUCCUACUAGUCCUUCGUGCAUAGGAUCUUAAAGAGGAUAAAUAAACAUAAACAAUCUAGAUAAUGAGUAAAAUAAGUAAAGCAAGUAACCUGAAGAGUAUAUUUCACCACUUAAACAAUAAAGGGUUUAGUCAGCCAAAUCAUAAUACUCUCAAGCCUAAUCAAAGCAUUCUACAAAUACAAUUUAAAAGCAUCCUUCUCAAAAUUAAUUCUUUGGUUUUGAUUUAUUUUCUAAAAGGCCAUCUGACUUUGAAAUAGCAAACACUUUUGUGCCUCUUGUCCCUUUAUGCACUUAGCAAAAAAUGUUUUCGUUAUAAUAAGCUUUUAAUUAAUAGCUAACUCAACACAGACCUGUAAGCUAACAACUUUUAGCACCUGAGCACUUAGCUUUCAAGCCUAAAAUGCAGAUGAGAUCAAAAACUGCUAAAAAACCCUAAUAAGUAAACUCUAAUAGCUCAUCAAAGACUGAAUUAAAUUUAAAGCAUGAUAAAUCUUCAAAUAAUAAUAAUGCUCCAUAAAAGAAUCAAAACAUACCCUUAUUCAGACCAUUCUCUUCAAAAGAAAGAAGUACCUUGUAAGGAGUUAGUUAAUUCUUUAAGAAUGGAAAAUCUGGAUACAAUUUAAAACUUAAACUUAAAAAAAAUGAAAUAAAUUAGGCCUUAAAUAAUAAUAAAUAGUAACUAGAUAAAAUAUUACCUUAUAAUAAACAAAAUCUAGAAGGAACGAAAGUUAAAAAUGAGAUCUUAUAUAUCAAUUCUAAUUUAGUAAAUAAAUAAUUCUUAAAAUGA